AUGCCAGAUCCCGUCGUCAAUGGUGGCCGUCCACCGCCGCCACCGCCGCCGCCGCCCGCCAACACCUCGUCGACAACGGCGGCGAGCUCGUCGACAGCGACAACAUUCGGAAAUCGCAGACGAUUGGUGAAUCGCCAGAUAAAGAAGGUCGAUGAGCUUCAUCCGGCGCAAGAGCAUCCCACAAUGGGAUCGAAUUGGCUGUCUGGCGAGGAACGAUCGCGUCUUGAGGCGGUUCAACAGGAUUGGAGGCGGAGUAGGCCGAAUAAGCAGUGGGCGGCGAGGCCGCGCCGUUUUGAUGACACAUCGUCGCCGAACACGUCGGCGCUGAGCGGCGACGGCGGAGGCGGCGGCGUUUCACCGCAGCCGGCCGCGUUUCGGCCGUUUCCGAACAUCACGAUCCAUACGAAUGGCGGCGCUGUGCUGCCGAUGGCCGUCUCGCCGACGCCUGGAAUUGGCACCAACAUCGCCGCUAGCGUUCUGCAAAACGCCAUCGCCAGCCCGCAGCCGAACAUUUUUGAUCGAUCAAGGUUAUCGAGUAAAGCGACACCGCCGCAUCCCGGCGAGCUGAUCGCCGCCGAGAAGGAGCGCGACAAGACGCUUCAACAUAUUGCCGAGGCGACGAGCGAUGCCGACAACAAGGAGACGGAAGAGGAGCGACUGCGCAAAGAGCAGGAGAAGCGCGAGGAAGAAGAGAAGGCGGCGCGAAAAAUCGACGUUGAAGACGAUUUUGAUGCGCAAGAGAAGCCAAUUGAUAAAAGCAAAAACGGUCGCUUCUUGAAAUUCGAUGAGGAGCUUGGGCGCGGCUCGUUCAAAACGGUGUUCCGCGGUCUCGACACGGAGACGGGCGUCGCGGUGGCGUGGUGCGAGCUGCAGGAGAGCAAGCUGAACAAAACGGAGAGGCAGCGAUUUCGCGAGGAGGCGGAAAUGCUCAAAGAUUUGCAACAUCCGAACAUUGUACGGUUCUACGACUACUGGGAGAGUUGCGAUUUGUCGGGAAAACGAAAAUAUAUUGUACUGGUAACAGAGCUUAUGACAUCGGGAACACUUAAAAUGUAUUUAAAACGGUUCAAAAGGAUAAAUAUAAAAGUAUUAAAAUCGUGGUGUCGUCAGAUUCUCAAAGGACUCUCGUUUUUGCAUUCGCGCAAUCCGCCGGUGAUCCAUCGCGAUCUCAAAUGCGACAACAUUUUCAUCACCGGCACGACGGGUAGCGUGAAAAUUGGCGAUUUGGGUCUCGCGACGCUCAAAAACAAAUCGUUCGCGAAAUCGGUGAUCGGAACGCCGGAAUUCAUGGCGCCCGAAAUGUACGAGGAGAUGUAUGAUGAGAGUGUCGAUGUGUACGCGUUUGGAAUGUGCCUAUUGGAAAUGGUGACCGGCGAGUAUCCGUAUUCGGAAUGCAUGAAUCCGGCGACGAUUUAUCGAAAAGUGAUAUCGGGUGUCAAGCCGGAAUGCUUCUCGAGAAUUCCGCCACAAUAUCCUGAGAUUCGCGAGAUUAUCGAUCGGUGCAUUCGAGUUCGACGCGAAGAGCGUAGCACGGUCAAGCAGCUUCUCGCUGACGACUUUUUCACGCCGGAGGAGCUCGCCGGCAUUCGUGUCGAGAUUAAGAAUCGUGAUGCGGAUCUCAACGACUUGAACGUGGAGAUUCAGAUGCAGCUUCGCGUUUAUGAUGAGAAGAAGAGGAAGCAGUAUCGAUUCAAGGAGAAUGAGGGACUUCAGUUCGCGUUCGACAUUGAGAAUGAUAGUGCCGAUGAGGUGGUUCAGCAGAUGAUCGAGCAGCAGCAUAUACCCGAUGAGGACACGAAGAUGAUCACAAAACUGAUACGAGACAAGGUUGACGCGUUUAAGAGGGAUCGUGAGCAUCGACUGGCGGAGAUCAAGCGGCAGAAGGAGGAAGAGGAGCGACUCAGAGAGGAGCAGGAGAUCAAGGAGGAGUUGAGGAUCAGAGCUGAGAACAAGGAGCGCGAGAGGUUGGAGAAGGAGCGGCUUGAGAAGGAGCGAUUGGCUAAAGAGCUCGCCGAGCAGCAACUUAAGCUGCAACAGCAGGAGAAUCCGCAUGCGCCGAACGCGACGCCGACGGAGUCGUCGGUUCCGACGCAGCCGGGAACGCCGUUGCCGCAGACGACGUCCGACGAUGAUCAACUCGCGCCGCCGCAUGAGUUGCCUUUGUCGAAAAGCACUUCAACCGAGAACGCGCCGUCGACGCUAAUGUCGCCGAAUGGCGACGAGGCGCCGGAGGAGAAGAAGAAAGGACGAAGGAAAAUUGUGCUCGAGCUGCUCAAUGUGACAAUUGAACCGGAAAAACCAAUGUGUGUCGGCUGUCGACUUUACAUGCAAGGACGAACGGUGACAUUUCAAUUCUCGCCGGGAACUGAUCGACCGUCGGCGGUGACCGAUAAAUUGGUCGCUGAGGAUUGUGUUGAUCCGGAAAACGUGCGCAUCAUUGAGGCGCAACUCGAAGAAGUGACAUCGGUAUUGUGCAAAAACCCGCACGAGUCGAUCCAUAAAUUGCAGCUCGUCGCGAACGAGGGCGUCGGCGCGAGCGGUACCAAAUUUGCGACGGUUCUCGAACCGACGCCCGCGGAUCGCCACGGGUGUGCAACGACUGGUGGUGGUGGUGGUGCUGCUGGUGGUGGUGGUGGUGGUGUGUCGCCGACGCGUAAAUGUGACGCCACUGAUACCGGCGAUUAUCCCGGUGAAUUGAAUCCAAACGAAACCAUUUUUGUGCCAGUCGACGGUUUCCCGAAAUCCAAAGAGAAAUGUGCCGAUGUUGAACGUGCUCGCGAGAGUGUCGAACCGCCGGAAAUUGAGAUCACACCAGAUGCAGGCAAGCCGACGGCGCCAACGGCCACCAAAUCGCGAUUCCAAGUCACAAAGUCCGCGCAAAACAUCCCAUCGGCAACUGUCACUCCGGCGCCCGUCGAGUCAGACAAGUCUUCGCCGCCGACGAUCGUCCCGCUCGCCGGCAAUUCGCACUUGGCGACACCAUCGCCGGUGUCGCACUCAUUGUCGAGCAACUCGUCGCCGAGCGCCACCACACACUCCAAUACGUCGUCGUUGAACAGCACCGCAAGCGCGGGACGACGAUUCACCGUACAGCCGGUUUCGCAAGCCGAAUCGGGCAUAUCGUCGUCGAUUUCGACACCGCAUCCUGAGCCGUCGUCGAUUCCGACGAGUAUGAAAGUCGCCGAGCCGUGCCCGAUGAUUCCUUCGGCACUGUCGGCGCCGAUCACACAAACGCCAUCGGCCGAGACGAUAUCGACGCAUACUUCAUCGUCGGCGGCAUCGUCGUCGACGAUUGUGACGACGGCGAAUGUUGCAGAAUUGACGACAACGGUUCCAUUGGUGCCACAAAUGCCUCAAACUGAUGUGUUAACGCAACUUGAGUCCGAAUUGCGAAAGGUCAGCGGAGUUUCGCAUUCCGCAUCGCCGUCCGCUUCUGCCGAGCCACCGCACGUGCCGCACACACCGUCGACGAUAUCGACGAUUCCACUGACGAGCCAGACGGUUCCAGCGUCGGUUGCGCCCUACUCGGCGAUUCCGUCGAAUGUGCUGACGACGGCGAGUGUGCCACAGACACCGCAUCAGAUCGACACUGAGGUCGGACUCGCCGGUCUUCAAGAGCGACUCGAGGCGUUGGUUGCUGAGCAAAAGGCCGCUGAGAAGAAUAGUGAGAACGACGAGAUGGAUGAGGCUGAUGGUGGAAGGAAAGAGGAUGAGAUUCCUAUCGACACGCUCAAAGGGCUCGCUGAAGCGCUUGGCAAGGUGAUCCACGCUGAUGGUAGGGAAACGACACCUAUGCCGCCGGAGCAGGAGAUCGCCGAAAUUGUGCCGCCGGUCGUGUCCCCUCCGAACGUGCUGUCGUCCUCCGCUUCGUUUAGUGCUGCUCCAGUACCACAACCAUCACAAUUACAACCUUCGGCAUCGUCAGCGCUGCCGCCUUCACAGAAUGUUGACGAAGAGCCGACGGUGACGGGAGCUUCGCUUCCAGCCGCUCAUUCAACGGCGACGCCGACGAACGUCGAGACGGACGCGGAUUGCGCGCAAUCGGUGAUGUCGUCGUCGGAAGCGGCGGAGCCGAAAAUGACGCGCAGCACGACCGGCACAAAAUUGGCGACGUUUGAGAAUCUCGAGAACGCGUUGUCGUCGACACUCGGCACGUGCCUUCGGCAACCGAACGCGCCGUCGUCGCGCGAUGAGCCGACGACGAGCGGGCCGCCGAUGACGCCGUCGUGCGGCGCCGCCUCGUUCAGCAUCGGCACACCGCCGUCGACAUCGUUGAUACCGUUGCCGGUGCUUGAAUGCGAUUUUGAUCUCAAGAAUCAAAUGAAUUUGGAAGGUGAGGAUCCCGAUGUGAUUCGAAUGAUUGUUCGCCAUCGAAUGGAGCAACACGAAUUGCUCGAAAAGCAGCGGCUCGAGAUUGAGAGCCUUCGAUCGCGUAUUCGUCUGACGCAUGCGACGAUGCCGGAAAUGACGCAAUCGUUGAUGAGCGGCAGCGCUGGAGGUCCGGACGAUGCGGACGUCGCGUUUCCGCCAGGUGUCGCGUCGUUCUCAUUGCCGUCGAGCCCGCCGCCGCCAACGCAGGCAACUCAUGUCGAGAACUCCAAUGAACCAUCGUCAUCGCCGGUGGCGUCGCGUCUCGCUUCGUCGUCAGUUCCCCGAUCGUCGGCCGUCGUCUCGCCGUCAAGUCAACGCCUUCGCGACAAUCAAUCGGCACCGCCGCAUAAAUAG